UAGCAGAGUUUAGAUACAAACACCGCCCCGCCUCUUUUCCAAAGACUCCCGACAUUUUCCUCUUUCCUACAGACUACUCGCUUUCAAUUACCGUAAAUAUUACAAAAGAAAACUUGUGCCAUUGUGUUUCCACCUUUCAAACUUUCAUUCCUUCGAAUCCACCGCUAGAUUGUUACGAACAUCAUCCGUCACAAAACCGGACUUCGGUGGUUGGUAACUAGUUGGGACCGAGUUACAGCAUCAACAAGAACUUUGAACCACAACAUCGACCUUUACCCUCAAUAUGUCCAUUCCACCAUUCAAGGUGAAGGCUAUCUUUGAAUACACUUCACCGCAUGAUGAUGAUCUUCACUUUCCAAAUGGCCAGAUUAUUACGGUGACGGAGGAGGAAGAUGCGGAUUGGUAUGCGGGAGAAUAUGUUGAUGCUUCAGGAGUCAAACAAGAAGGCAUUUUUCCACGAAAUUUUGUGGAAAAGUAUGAGCCUACCGCGCCUCCAAGGCCUACGCGUGUCAAUCGACCAAAGAAGGAGCCCGAACCAGCUUCUCCUGUGGUCGCUUCCGAGCCAGUAAGAGAACCAGAACCUCAGCCGGAAAUCGAAACACAGCCUGAAGAGGUUCCUGAAGCUCCCGUGGUACAAGAAAGACAACCUCCUCCUCCUCAACCAGCUCCACAGGCUAAACCACCAAAACCUGCAUCUCCACCCCCAGCACCAGCAGCUGCAAAACCACCUCCAAGUCAAAAGCCAACUUCUCCUCCUGUUAGUGAAAAACCAAGCGCCGGGUCAUUUAGAGAUCGUAUCGCAGCAUUCAACAAGGCUGCACCUCCGCCAGCUCCAUUCAAACCCGCAGGUUUCAGUUCUGGAGGCUCGAAUAAUUUCAUCAAAAAGCCAUUUGUCGCCCCACCUCCAAGAAAGGAUGCUUAUAUUCCUACACCGCGCGAACCCCCGCCACAAAAGAUAUACAGACGUGAGGAAGAUCCCGAGAUUGCAGCAAAGGAGAAUGAGAAUCAGGAACAAGCUGAACGAGCAGGAUUAGCGCCCACUUCUCCAAACAACAAUGAUGAAGAGGAACAGCCUAAGCCAACGAGUCUCAAGGAACGCAUCGCACUUUUGCAAAAACAGCAAAUGGAACAAGCUUCUAGACAUGCGGAUGCAGCGCAGAAGAAAGAGAAGCCUAAGCGCCCACCCAAGAAGAGAACGGAAUCUCAUGAAGUCACAGAAGAGGGAGAGACUGCUAGCUUAGAACGACCGGAUACUGGGGAUAGGCCUGGAAAGAUGUCAAUGGAUUCUGUUAGGGAAGAAGAAGGUGUGCCACGACGAGCGAAAUCUUCUCGGGGACCUAUUCCAUCGAUUGAGGAUGGAAAUGAAGCGGACAUGUCAGGAGCAGCCGAAACUGCGGAAGAAUUGGAAGAUACCGGAAAGGAUGAUAGCGACGACAAACCUAAAGUCAAACCCCCUCAACCUCUUGUUCGUGCGCCAACAGCUCCAGUCGUGGAACCGGAUGUUGGCGAAGAAGAAGGCGCCGUUGAAGAACCUUCGCCUGUUGAAGUAGAAGAGGAAGAGGAGGAGGAGGAGGAGGAGGAGGACGAUAUCGACCCCGAAGUAAGACGCAAAGAAGAAUUACGUGCUCGAAUGGCAAAAAUGAGCGGCGGUAUGGGUAUGCAUGGAAUGUUUGGCGGUGGAAUGCCAAUGGCAGCUCCUCUUCCACCAAAAAAGAAGAAGCCAUCCUUGCCACUUCCAAAACGUGGAAGCACUGCUGGAUCAGACGCGAUAGUUUCCCCAAUCGCUAGCGCGCCACCUGUACCAAUGAUUCCUCUUCCUGGUAUGUCUCGAGUUCGAAGUCCGGAUGAAGUCGAGAAACAGGAGGAGACUGAGGAAGAGAAGCGACCAGUCUCAUCUGCGCGUCCUGCUGAUGUAGUACCGGAUGUUGAGGAUGUUGUACCUGAGAAAGAAGAAGAAUCAGCACCUCCACCGGUUCCAACUCAUGAUGGCGGCGCACCACCCCCUCUUCCGAGUGGACGACCUGCUCCUCCACCUAUUCCAAUUGAUUCUCGACCAGUUCCAGCUCCUCCUGCAGAGAUCUUGUCACCAGGCGCUGGUUAUGAGUCUGAUGAUGAAAUGGCUGAGCAAGCACGAAAUAUGUCAUUGGCUGAACCCCCUCAAGCUCCCCCUCGACCUUCUGAGGUACCAGGUUCUCCACGAUCACCAGCUAGUAAGAGAGCUUCAUACUUUGGUUCUGAACAAUCACCGCAAUCUCCAAAUACGCCUGGUAGACGUGCCAGUAGAGUGCCGCCUAUCCCGCUUGGUAUUCCUACUCCAGCUCAAACUCGAGCCCCUCCACCACCUCCGCCUGGGGCACCAUUGAGCAGAUCUUCAACAGGUGAUCAAAAUAUUAUCCCCCACUUGAAUCCACCUCCUCCACCUGUGGACGAUGGAAAAGAAGACGAUUAUGAAGGUGAUUAUGAUACUGAUAUCGCUUCCGCGGUACCACAUAAAGAUGCUUUAAAGCACACCAAAGAAGCAAGUGUUGAUGAUGCCGCUCUUCGAUCUCCAAUUGCUUCUCCAACUUUUGCUCCUCCACUUCCUCCACCUACAGCUCCAGCUCCAAAAGCUAUUCCACCACCAUUGCCGUCACAACCACCACCUCGUCCAUCAGCAGAGGUUCCUAGGGUUGCUCCACCAGCUCCACCACCGCCACCACCUGGAAGAGCUCCAGCUCCAUGGGAACCUGAGAACAAUGAAUAUGAUCCUUACAAUUAUGCACCAACGACAACCACUGCUCCAGUUCAAGUUGCUCCAGCUACACCAAAAAUGGAACCUGUUGAAGAUGAUUUAUACUCAGCUUCUCCACCAAGAUCAUUUGCUUCGCCUAAACAAGGUCGAGCUCCAGCUCCACCUCCGAAUAAGCCUUCAAUAAAACAAUCAUUGGAUCUUAAUCGCGCGGCUGUUACUGGUGGUGUACGAAGAUCUAUGGAUUUAAACAGAAUGUCUAUGGAUUCAGGUUUUAUGGCCAAUGAUGUUGAUUUGGGAAUUGGUAGUCAAUGGUGGAUUGUCAAGAAAAGUCUCCCCCCUGUUUUCCAGGCUCGAAAAGACAUUUUGACCGAAUCGGAAGAUACAUCAUCAAUUUCUGAUACGAAUCAACCUGUUGUCACAAGAGAACUUUUUGUCUUAUUUCAUGAUUACUCUCAAACGAUCAUCGCAGCUCAAUACAAUCCAAAGGAUCCUUCUGAUUGUCAACUUGAACAAAAACAUGAAGGGCCUCCUGCUCGUUUACGUCAAGAUCAAUUGGAAGAAGCUCAUGAACGUUUUGGUAAGCGUGUCAUUGAAGCAGUGACUGUUAGACAAAAUACUAUUGUUGGUGAUGGUACACCUCAAGGAUUAAUUCUUGAAUUACUGAAACCAUUAGCUGGUGUACUUAUGCCAGUAGGUACUCGAGCUUAUGGUGCUCUUGUUUAUAGUAAUAUGGCCAAUGCAUCGACUCAACAAUUUGAUGAGAUCCGAGCAGGUGAUAUUGUUACACUGAGAAAUACCAGAUUCCAAGGUAAACAUGGAUCAAUGCAUACGAAAUAUACAGCAGAAGUUGGUAAACCCGAUCAUAUGGGUGUAGUUGCUGAAUGGGACGGUACGAAGAAAAAGUUAAGGGCAUGGGAACAAGGAAGGGAGAGUAAGAAGGUUAAGCUAGAGAGUUUCAAGUUGGAUGAUUUGAGAAGUGGUGAAGUCAAGAUUUGGAGGGUUAUGCCGAGGAGUUGGGUGGGUUGGGGAGAGGGGAAUUAAGUUGUGAGGGGUUGUGGGUAGGUUUGGGUGGCUAGAUGGUAGGAGUAAGGAGGGGAGGAGGGAGUAUGAAGGGAUGUCAGGAUGGGGUGAAUUGAUGAAACUUUUGAUACUGUGAGCAUUGUGAUAUGCCAACGGGGAUUGAGAUGGUAUGAGAUGAAUUGAUUAAAAGAUAGUCAAUUGCAGCGGGUUUUGUGUGUGUAUACGUGUAUACAGUUAGUUUAUUAGGAAGGCAUCGCAUGAUUGAUCCAUUAAAAAUUUACAUUUCUCUUUUUGUACUAGUAAUCUCUGAAAUUCAUCCUCUCCUUCAGC